AUGUUUACAUUCUUCUCCUUCCAAGGGCACAAGAGAGCACAUGCUGCAUCGCCCCAGGAGGAACUGGGUGAGGCUGAGCCAGCACAAUUCAAAAACUGCUUCCAGACUUGUACUGCCAGAGAGGACUUCGAGUUGCGGGGCCUGGACCCGGCUGAUGGUUCCCGCCCCUGGGGAGUGAAGAGGCCUUCUUUCGGCUCUGCCAGCCCUGGGGACACUCAGUGGAGGCGCGGGCCUGAGUGUAGGGCUGCGCCGUCGAAGUCCGCGGGAAGGGGAAGCAGGAGCCCUCACCCCGGGCCUUUUUCUGGCGACUCCGUGGGCCCGGCCAUCAGCGAGCCGCCGCCUGUAGGCCUGAGCAAUGGGCGCAGCCAGCGAGGGGCUGGACUUCCGGGCUUCGCGCAGAAAGCCCAUUUCUCAGCAUCCGGGGCGCUCUGGGAGUGUGCACGGCACAUGGCACCAGUCCACGCACUCACCCCAACCUCCGACCCUGGGGAGCGCUCGCUGAGCCACGGAGCAGCGGCUCCCCACCAGGCCGGCUCCGCUCCACCGCGCCCGCGGCUCCUUAGGGAUACAAGGAGGAGCGCAGCGGGCUGCCGGGCACCGGAUGGCCGGGACUACGAUCGGGAGCGCCCGGGACGCUGGGACUGCUCUUCCGGACGCCACGGGGCCGAGCCCUUCCGCAGCCCGCAGCUCGCAGCUCGCAGCUCUCGCCCAGGACCUGGGCCGGAGCCGCCACAGAUGCCUUCGGGUCAAACCUGGAGCAGCUUACCCCAGUUCUUUCAAUCCCUCACACUAUUGCUUAAGUCGUAG